UGUCAGAGGAAAGGUUAUUCGUGCAAUGACAAAUCUUCCAAUGGUGUGGUCUAUCCUGACCAAAUAUUCUAAAAGACUGUAGGUGGGAGACAGGUAGCCAGGGGUCUUCCCAGCACCGGAACAUUGGAUGGGCACCCAGAGUUCGAAGUCGUCCACAAAAUAUAUAAAAAAGCAAAAACAAAAAAUUUCUGUCAGAGGAAAGAUGAUUCCUGCAAUGACAGAUCUUCCAGUGGUAUGGUCUAUCCUGACCAAAUACAAAUACCUUGAAGAUACUGAAUUAUGAACAUAAGGUUUCUUGGACUUUUCUUCAUCUCAUGCCUAAUUAGAGGUUUGGUGAGGCAGUCAAUUGUAUAAGGGUGCAAAGAAGUCUCAGUUGGACCUAAUUCAGGAUCAUCGUGGAUGUAAACAAUAAAGAAGAUGCUUGAUGCUUGAUGUCUAUGGCAAACAACUCAUUUAGCAUGGAGAUGUCAUUUUUCAGAAUUACAUAUAUUCAAGAAAAUUAUUCCAAGAUUCGUGAUGUUGAACGCGAAUUGGAGAAUCUUACAUUGGAGUUGAAACUUACAGCUGGUCCAAAGAAAGCAGCACUCGAGCACUUGCGAAAGAAGAUUGAAAUACAAACUGAAAGAAUACAUGUGGCUAAGCUCAAGGAAGACCAAGCAAAGAAGGUGUGGGAAGUUGCAGCUCAAGCUGUUAGGGAUGAGGAGGAGACCAAGAAGAAGCUCUGCGAUGAUCUAAAUCAGUUGAUCCAAGAAAGCACGGCCACUCAACUUACAAGACUGGAGGAGUUAAAAAGACGACUUACAGCUCUUAACCCUAGUAGGGGUUCCUCUGUUGUUCAUACUGACAGCAAUGUCCCAGCUCCUCAACCUGCCCAGCUUCAGCCAGCAGAAUCAGCUGGUAAAGUGCCUGAACAUACACUUACAGGACCAAACAAUGGUGGUCAGCCAGCCUCGGAUGGGCACAACCAACGACCUGUUGAAGUGAAAGAAAAGAAAAGAACCCCAAAUUUGGGAAGAGGGAGGGGCAACAUGAUCCUGCCCAAGGGAAGAGGUGCUUCAGGGCCUGGCUGGACCGGGGCUGGAUUUGAUGUUGAUAAGGGUACAUGAUGGUGGGGUAAUUUCAUUUUUCCCCAUUGCAGCAUCACACGGGUAGCUAGAGGAUGGAACUUUUUCUAGAGGCAUCCUAAUGGGAGGCUACAGGAUGGGACAUGAGCAUUUCCAGAGACAUUCUCUUUGUUAUUUUCAGUCAUUGGCAUUAUAAGAUGUAUGUUCAUUUUUUUUUAAUUCGCAGCUCAUUUGCUGUUCCAGACUACGAUGAUUCCAAAAUAUGUUACUUGGCCUUCCUGAUGGAUCUUGGACUUCGCUGUAACAUUAUAUUGUUCUUCAAUUCUCGAUGUAUAGAAAGAGAAGGGAGGCAGGGUUUGCCAUGCAAUU